AUGGCCAAGCGGAGCUCGCUGUUCAUACGGGUCGUGGAGGGGAAGCACUUGCCAGCUAAGGACAUCACGGGCAGCAGUGACCCUUACUGCAUCGUGAAAAUCGACAAUGAAGCGAUCAUCAGGACGGCCACGGUCUGGAAGACGUUAUCCCCAUUCUGGGGGGAGGAAUAUGAGGUCCAUCUGCCUCCCACCUUCCACAGCGUCUCCUUUUACGUGAUGGAUGAAGAUGCACUCAGCCGCGACGAUGUUAUCGGGAAAGUCUGUGUCACUCGGGACGUGCUGACUGCGCAUCCGAAGGGCUACAGUGGCUGGCUGAACCUGACCGAAAUCGAUCCCGACGAGGAGGUGCAGGGGGAAAUCCACCUCCAGAUCGAGCUCCUGGGCAGCGACGCGGCGAGGAAGCUGCGCUGCAGCGUGUUUGAAGCCAGGGAUUUGGCUCGGAAAGACCGGAACGGCGCUUCCGAUCCCUUCGUCAGAGUUCGCUACAACAGCAAGACCCAGGAGAGCUCGGUGGUCAAGAAAUCCUGCUACCCCCGCUGGAACGAGACCUUUGAGUUUGACCUGGACGAGUCAGCCACAGAGAAGCUCUGCAUUGAGGUGUGGGACUGGGAUCUCGUCAGCAGGAACGACUUCCUGGGGAAGGUGGUGUUUAAUAUCCAGGGGUCACAGACCAUUCAGCAAGAGGAAGGAUGGUUCAGGCUGAGGCCAGAUAAAUCCAAGCCCAGAGUGGAUGAAGGCAACCUGGGCUCCCUGCAGCUGCAGGUGAGGCUUCGAGAUGAGACGGUGCUGCCAGGCAGUUACUACCAGCCUCUGGUCCAGCUGCUGUGCCAAGAAGUAAAAGCGGGGCCCAAGCAAGAUGGGAAGCUUUGCUUAAUCACCCUGAUCGACGAAACCACGACGGCGGAGUGCAGGCAGGAAGUGGCCAUCAACCUCGUCAAGCUCUUCCUAGGCCAAGGCUUGGCCACAGAGUUCCUGGAUCUCCUCUUCAAGCUGGAGCUGGAUAAAACGGAUGAGCCAAACACGUUAUUCCGGAGCAACUCCCUGGCCUCGAAGUCGAUGGAAUCCUUUCUGAAGGUGGCAGGGAUGCAGUAUUUGCACAGUGUCCUGGGGCCGACAGUGAACCGAGUGUUUGACGAGAAGAAGUACAUCGAGUUGGAUCCCAGCAAGGUGGAGAUUAAAGAGGUCGGGUGCUCCGGGCUCCAUCGGAUCCAGACGGAGAGCGAGGUGAUCCAGCAGAGCACCCAGCACCUGCAGUCCUACCUGACCGACCUGCUCAUCACCAUUGCCAAGUCGGUGAGGACGUGUCCCGCCACCAUCCGCGCCACCUUCAGGCAGCUCUUCAAGCGGGUCGAGGAGCACUUCCCGGAGAACAAACACAAGAACGUGAAGUUCAUUGCCGUCACCAGCUUCCUCUGCCUCCGCUUCUUCUCUCCUGCCAUCAUGUCCCCCAAGCUCUUCCACCUGCGGGAGAAACAUGCAGAUGCCCGCACCAGUCGGACCCUGCUGCUCCUAGCCAAGGCUAUCCAGACCGUGGGGAACAUGGACGCUGCGGCCAGCCGGGCCAAGGAAGGCUGGAUGGCCCCUCUGCAGCCCACCAUCCAGCAGAGCAUCUCCCAGAUGAAGGAGUUCAUCACCAAGCUCAUAGACAUCGAGGAGAAGGAAGAGGUGGACCAGCCGAAGGCACAGACACUGGUUGUGAAGGAGGGGCCUUUAUUCAUCCACAAGAGCAAAGGCAAAGGGCCGCUGCUGUCAUCUUCCUUUAAGAAACUCUACUUCUCACUGACGAGCGAGGCCCUCAGCUUUGCCAAGACGCCCAACUCCAAGAAAAGCUCCUUCAUCACCCUGUCCAACAUCCGGGCGGCCGAGAAGGUGGAGGAGAAAAGCUUUGGCAGCUCCCAUGUGAUGCAGAUCAUCUAUGCUGAUGAGGCGGAGCAGUUGGAGAUGGCCUAUCUGCAGUGCAAGUGCGUCAAUGAGCUGAACCAGUGGCUCUCGGCCCUGAGGAAAGUCUGCGUUAACAACGCCGAGAUGCUGGGCUCCUAUCACCCGGGAGUGUUCAAAGGAGACAAAUGGAGCUGCUGCCACCAAAAGGCUAAAACAGGUUUGGGAUGUGAUCAAACCCGGCACGGAGUCACUCUGCAGGAAUGGAAUGACCCCCUGGAUCCAGAUCUAGAGUCUCAGUUAAUUUUUAGACACCUGUUUGGAGUUAGAGACUUAAUGAGGGAAAAGUAUCUGGAGAUGUUGACGGAGAAAAAUGAAAACGUUCUUCUGCGCCAAAGUGGAGACCCUGAAAAUGUGGACGGACCCACAAGGCUAUUCCAGGUGCUGCAGGACAUCGAAGACGCCCAUCACACAGCCGUCUUCAGCUCAGGCACCCUAGCUGACCGGGACAGAAACUGCCUCCUGGAGCUGCAGACGUGA